AUGGAGUUCUCGGAGUUACCUAGUGAUGCGGAAAGAAUAAUUCAGUGUGUGGAUGAUCUGAAGAAAAAGCUCCUCUCUGUGGAGGCGCAGCGAAUCUCGCGCAUAUGGGAAAACUGCAUCAGUCAAAUUGAGAUUGUGGCAACUCUGCCCGCCGACCUCCACAUCGUUUCAAGUGACAUGGAUAAAGAGCUGAUCAAAAAACUUAAAAAGCAUCAACUAGCGUGUGAACGACUGGAGAGAGAGACACAAGAGGGUCUCGAGCAGGAGUCAGAGGGAGAAGCGACAAAGGCAAGGUCCCAUCUUGACAAAGACGUCCAGAGUUCUGUCCGGGAUGUGCUCCGGUUUCUCCGCUCACAUCCAGAUGCCAUAUUUGGUUUGAGGGCAGAACAAAGUAUGGAAGCGGGAGAGAGUGAGAACAAACUAAUUAGAGAGCUUAAGGGGUUUCACAGCCAUAUGCUAAACAAAUUACUCACCAGUCCAUUUGAGGAGUCACAGUCCACCCUCCAAAAUAUGGCAAUUACACCUCUGCAGCAAGUCCUCCAUGAUCUGGAGCACACGUCUUCACAGGAAGCAGAAGUAGCCAAAGCCAUCAAGCAAAUACAUAUCAAGAUUAUUCAGAAAACUGCUGAGGUUGAAAAUCUGCGGCAACAAUUUUCAAUGUUAUCAAUCACAGAUGAGAAGUAUCAGCGGCAUCAUCACGCGUCAGAGGAAAAGGCAAGUAUGCAAGAGAAAAUCGAUCAUCUCAAGAUUCAGCUCAACAUUUUAAAGCAGGAGAACACAGCGGCAUUGGUAAUACUCCACAAGGAAGAUGAGAAAGUGGAGAAAAUACUUGACUUGCGCCAAACAUUUGAUAACGAUGUAGAAGAAAAGGAGGUGACCUUGCAGCAGGAGAAAAGUCAUCGUAAAAAGGUGGAGGAGGAGGAGGAGUUGGGGAUGCAAGGCACUUUGCAGCAACAAUUGGUGUCACAACUCAAAGACAAGAAGGAUCAGCUACAAAGCACUUCAUUGGAGAAACGGGCACGUAUGCAACAGAGGAUUGAUCAACUGGAGAUUCAGGUCGAAAAGCUAAAAAAGGAGAACUCAGAAGGGGAGUUCGCGCUGCAACGGAAAAAUGACGAAGUGGAGAAAAUAAAAACAAACCUGCGCCAAACCUUCGACAAAGAGCAUGAAAUAAAACAGGACAAACUGGAGACGGAGGAACUUGAUAAUGAAAAAGAGCUGAACAAGUUGAGGAAGCUAGAAAACGCCUUUUCUGUGAUAGAGGAGGAGUUCAACCAGAUCGAGGAGAGGCUGGCGGAGGAGCAGAGGCGGAAGGAGCAGCUGAAGAUACAGAUCAAAGCUGUUAUUAUUGCCCAAUCGUGGUGGAGAGGCUACAAAACUCGCAAGGCCUUAAGGAACAAGGUCGAAAGUGAAGUGGGCGAAGUAAAGGGCAAAAAGAAGAAAGGUGGAAAGAAGGGCGGCAAAAAAGGCAAAUCCAAAAAGAAAAAAUAA